AUGCUCUUCGGGCAAUUGCAGCCAACACCGGCCCGUCGGUAUCGCCUGUCCGAAAAAAUCGAAAAGUUCGAGGGUGGAUUCAGCAAAGCAUUACGCUUACACAGGGCGGAUGGAACAGAGCUCAUCGCGAAGAUCCCGUGCCUCAAUGCCGGCUCCGCCAAAUAUACGACUGCGGGGGAGGUCGCUGUUUUACAAUACGCGAGGGAGCAUACCGACAUUCCAGUACCAUGCUUCUACGCCUGGAGCGCUGAUGCUUCAAAUCCUGUUGGGGCAGAGUACAUCAUCAUGGACACGGCUUCCGGUGUCCAGCUCUUCAGGUUGUGGGACCGCCUUGAAGAACAAUACAAACUGGCCAUCAUCCAGAAGUUGGUCAAAUGGGAGAGUCAAUUGAUGUUGAUUAAGUUUCCAGCAUAUGGCUGCGUGUAUCCUCGCCAUUUCUUACCAGACAACGAGAGGAAGGCGGACCUUCCGACAGACAUCGAUCAAUCCGGAUCUUAUUGCAUUGGUCGGCCUUGUGACCCUGCUUGGUCUGGUGUACCCGAAGAUGUCACCCUAGGACCCUGGCUGUCUCUCACUGAUUUUGGAAUUGUGCUUGCGAAACGAGGGAUCUACUGCAUCUCACAAGACGGGAAAGGCGUUCACACCGGUAGCCACCGUGGCACACCUGCCGAACACAUUUUCUUGCUCGAGACCACCAUUAAAGUCAUGGAAGUCCUCGGCACCCACUCCGACCUUCUCCGUCAUUCCAAACCUACCCUCUGUCACACUGAUUUGCACAUGGGCAACAUUUUUGUCUCGGAAGACGAUCCUUCUCAAACCUCUGCAGUCGUUGACUGGCAAUUUACGCAGAUAGGUCCUAUGUUCUUGCAGGCACGUUGGCCCGUUUUUUUGACGCCUCCAAAAGACUACCAGGUUGGCAUCGUCAAGCCCAGGUUACCUGACGACUAUGAAGACCUGGACGAGGAGGGAAAGCAGGAAGCAGACCACAGGUUCGAGCAGGCCACGACAGCCAAGGCCUACGAACUAAGAUGCUUUCUGGACAACAAAGACGCGUACGAUGCCAUGCACUUACCUCGCGUAUACCGGGAGCUUUUCAUGCGCUAUGGGAAUACGUGGGAAGAAGGGCCUGCGCCCCUGCGCGCGUGCCUCCUUGCGAUCUCCAAUGCCUGGGACGAGCUAGACCUGCCUAGCGAAUGUCCGUACACAUGGCAAGCGGCAGACAUCCAGAAACAUGAACAACAAUUCGAAGAAUACCAAGAAUGGCGUCGGGCAAGAGACUUUGCGGAGGAAUACCUCGGCACCGAUGCAGACGGCUGGAUUCCCCCGGAAAUAGAUUUCAACAAGAAGCAAGAACAAAACAAGGCACUCUUCGCUCUAUACGCAGAACAAAUGGCUGGCCAGAUGUCCCAAGAAGAGAUCAGCAUGAUAUGGCCAUUCCCUUCCACAGAGCCUGCUCGAUCUCCUUUUAACACAUGCUGA